AUAAAUUAAUACUUUGUGACUAAUUUUAGAAUUAUUUUAGACAUACACACUACUAAAUUUAUCUUCAGCUAGGAAUAUAUUCAAGAAAUCUAAGUGCUACUUGUGUAUCAGCCACUGUGCUAAGAGCUACAGAUGAAGUAAAGAAGCAAGCAGACAGCUCUUAGUGGGGUAUAGUCUAGCAAGGGACACAUAAAAGUAAUUGGAUAGACAAUUUAAAAAGUUGUGACACAUUCUGUAAGACAGCAGGUGCUGAAAGACUGAGUGCAUCACAGGAGCCCUGGCCUCAGAAAAGGUCACAGUUAAAGCAAAAGGAAACGGAGGUGGAAGAGCUGCCUAGACGGACAGAACAGCACUGUAUCAAAGUCCAGAGGCAGAAAAGAACCUUUCUAGGCUGGACCAACCUCUCUUCUUCACGUGCACAGAUGCUGUCAAAGCCUCCGGCACCCUGAGCGCCCUUCCCCAGACACUUACUUGUUCGUGUCUCUUCCAAGCUUGGUGUCUGAAGGGUACAGCUUCCUCCAGGCCAGCCUGGGAAAGCAGCUUGCCGUGUAUCAACCUCAGAGCACCCACUUCAGAAAAAAAGUGGCUUCACUGAAGAAACAUGUUAGAGAGUCAUCACUUCUCUGAAAUAUCAGUAUUUACAACGUGGAGUUGUCAGCCUUCAUAGAAGACACAUUUUCAAAAUCAAAAUGAACGCUUUCUAUGAGGUUUUAGAUCAGUUGUAUAAGAAGGUACUUCUUGGAGCUACACUUGAAAGUGACAGCCACAAGUAUGUCUUUUAUCUCAACCUGGCACUUUCAGAUCAAGAGUGCACUACAGCCCUUUCCAUAGAAUGGCCAGACACUGAUAGGGUGCAGGACAGGCAGCAGUCACCCCCUGUCGAGGUGAUUGCCAUUCCUGGAGCAGGGGUUUGUAUGAAGAGAAACUCUCAGGCAAGCGGUGCCCAAGACCUGAAGCUCCUUCAGUUAACCGUGAUCCAUGUGAUGAUAUCCAGGAUAAUGUCUUUGGAAACUGAGAUCCAUGCACAGGAGAAAUACAGAGAUAUAACUAAAAUUCUUUUACAGUCCUCUGAGGUGGAUUCUAAAUUGAUUGACAUGGUCCAAAAUUCAGACAAAUUGUUGUCUCAUAUGGCUGCAAAGUGUCUGGCAUCGCUUCUCUAUUUCCAGUUGAAAGAAAAGAUAACAUUAAGUAGUUCCUGGAUUGUUUUUUGCCAAAAAAAUCUUUCUGAAUACUCUGAGAGUAAUGAAGUAAUACAUUGCCUCUGGAUUCUUAUAGCUGUAAUAAAAGAAAUCUUUAAAGACCCAUGUUCUGAAAAAACAGAAAUUCUAAAGCAGUUCCUGACUACUUUUGACAAUACUUUUGAAGUAUUCUACAAUUCCUUAUUUUCCCAGCAUUUUGAAAACUGCCAGGAUCCUUCUAAGAUAAUAAACAGCUUAAUGAGUUUCUUGGACUUACUUGAACUUCUCAUAGCCUCCAGAAUCUACCUGAAGUUACAUUUCAGGAGCCAGAGGGUUUUAUUUUUGAAACCUUCUUGUGUGCUAGACAUUCUUACCUGGCCUAUUCAGGCUUUUGUCAAAAGGAAGUUGAUGAUAUUUAUCAAAAAGUGCCUUCUGUGUAAGGUGGGUGAAGACCUGUGUCGUGCAUCUGUGCUUGUCUUGACGUCACCAGACCACUAUUUAGAUGUGGACAUACUGGCUUUAGCUAAUGCUGUUUUGCAAACUGUGAAUCUGGGCUUUUUGAAGACCUGGUCUGUUCAUGGAAAACGGCCUUGCUUUGGAGGUAAUGAAGUUCAGCCUGGAUGUGGAGAUAUCGCUGGUCCAGAUCAUGUGUUCCUUAGAGCUGCAAGCUUAGUUAUAAUGAAGUCUUUAGAAAUCAAGUUUCAAAAUUACACCUCUGUGAAUGAAAUGAAAGUUGACUUACAGAGGUUCAUGUCUGAGUUACUGAUCUUCUUAAAGCCUAACCUUCAGCCCUCUCUGCAAUUACACAACCCAUGUGAAUGGCUGUCUAGGGUCUUCAUAGAACAAGACGACGACAUGCUGGAGGCUGCCAAAGCGUCACUGAGCAUUUACUUACAGUUGACCAGAGAAUAUGAGGCUACUGGAAGUUUGACCGAAGAAAAAGCAAUGUGGAUCCGUCAAACACAUGAAAAUGGCUACAAUCCUCACUGUAUUUUUAUAUACUUCUUAAAAAAUAUAGGAUUUGAUUCUACAGUUCUUCUUGACUUUUUGAUUUCAUCAGAGACCUGUUUUCUUGAAUAUUUUGUUAGAUAUUUAAAGUUACUACAGAAAGACUGGGAUCAUUUUUUCACCAUUUGCAAGGUCUUUGAUGCAACUGAAUCUCAAUGUGGCAUGAAUAUUUGUGAUUGUGUCCCCUCGCUUGUCCAAGACGGAAGCAGCAACGAAACACCACCUCAUUGUUUGACUGCUCCUGAUAGUCACAUACGUGCUCACACCUGCAUUCCCUGGGCUUCUGGGGAUUCUUCUGAACCUCUCAAGCAGGUUGUGAUGUCCAGUGAGACCCACACCAUGAGGGAUCAUGGUUUGUCUUCUCCUCGGGCUUCUCAGAGUCUGGUAGAUUAUGACAGCUCUGAUGAUUCUGAAACAGAAUCCAAGGACCAGUAUUUAGCAAUCAACCAGCAGACAUCUUCCUACCAACAAACAAGCAAGAAAAUUCAAGACCUAGCUGGGGCAAGUAAGGAUAAAAAAGAACUUAGCCUAAAGCCUCAGUCAAGGCCUCUGGUUCCAAAAGAAUCUACUGCUUCUUUCUCCAUUGACUGUGAAGUAGCCCCAAAUAAUAUUGUCGCUGAAGAAGGAAUAUUUUACAGAAUAGUCAAAUGCUUUGAAGAGCUACAAGAUGCCAUUUACCGUUUGCAAAAGAAAAAUCUCUUCCCAUAUAACCCAGCUGCACUUUUAAAGUUGUUAAAACGUAUAGAAGCAAUAUAUAAUAAAAGUACCAGCCUUUUGUAAAAUGUGACAUUUUAUUCCAGGAAUUGUUUUUCUUUAAUAUAAACUGCAUAUUAAUAAUAGUUUAAAAAAGAAAAACACUGCAAAAAGGUUUUCUAAAUCAAGUCUUUCUUUUGCCUUAUUAGAAGCAGCAUAGUGCCUGAAAAAGAGACAUCAAAUGACAAGUCCCUUGAUACAGUUCUGUGUUGCUUGCAAAUCAUGGUAGUUCAAACUUACACAAAAUUUGGAAUGGUUAUUGUAUCAGAUUCCUAGGGCUGCCAUAACAAAUUACCACAUCCUUAGCUCAAAUUUAUUUAUUCUCUAAUGGUUCUGGAGGCUAGAAGAGUAAAAUCAAGGUGUUGGCAGGGCAUGCUUUCUCACAAGGCCAUAGAGGAGUCUUUCCCUCCUUCUGGUAGUUGCCAGCCAAUCUGGGUGUCACUUGCCUGUAGCUGCAUCACCCCAUUCUGUACCUCACAUGACAUUCUCCCCCGUGGGAAUGCCUGUGUCCACUUUGUCUUACAAGGGCACCAAUCAUGACAUUAGGGCCCUCUAAUCUAGUCUGACCUCAUCUUAACUUGAUCAUAUAUACAAAGACUUCAUUUCCAAAUAAGAUCCCACUCACAGGCUCUAGUUGGACAUGAAUUUUGGGAAGACACUAACCCAGUAUAGUUAUUAUUUCUGAGGUAUUUACAUGUAAAGUGAUAGAAAAAAAAUUUUAGGAGUGGCAAUUUGCUCUAUAUACAUGCACAUAUACUCUGUGGACAUAAUUUUUUAAAAAUUUGGCAUAUAACAUUUGUACUUUGCCAGGGAUUUAGCUCAGUGGUGCUGCUGCCUGCCUCGAAAGUGCAGGGUCAUGAGUUCGAUCCCCGGUACUCCCCAAAAAUAUAUAUAUUUGUAUUUCAUGGGGUAUAGCAUUAUAAUUGAUACAUUAGAGAAUGUUUAAUAGCCAAAUCAGAGUAAUUAACAUUUCCAAGUCUUCAAAUAUUAUCGACUAUGUAUGUAUGUUCAAACUCUUGCUCAAAUAAUUUAAAAAUAUAUAUGUUGCUAAAGAACAUAGUUAUCCUACUAAGCUAUAGAACAUUAGAACUAAUUUUCUACCUAUGGAUACUUUGGUACCUGUUAUCCAACCUCCCCUUUCUCCUACCCUUCCUAGGUUCUAUUGACUGUUUUACAGUACUUGUAUGUGAUGAACUGUUUUAGCUCCCAUGAAAGUGUGAGAAUAGAUGGGGUUUAUCUUUCUGUGCCUGGCUCACCUCAUGUAACGUACUGUCUUCUGGUUCCAUCUAUGUUGUUACAAGUGACAGAAUUUCAUUAUUUUUGGUGGAACAAUAUUCCAUUUUUUAUGUGUGUAUAUAUGUAUAUAUAGAGUUCCAUAUUUCCUUUAUGCAUUCUUCCAUCAAUGAAUGUCUUGAUUGAUUUCCAUUUCUUGACUGUUGUACAUAGUACUGCGAAUAAACAUGGAUGGACAUGCA